GCGGGCUGAACGGAGGAGACGCCGAGCGGACGACGGACAUAUGAAGGCUUUAUCUCCCGGAUCAGCGGCCCGUUUUCGGUGAUUUCUCUCCUCGUCGCUUCUCUAUGGAUGUGAAGUAACCGCGGGCGGUAGUCAGUCGGUGUCCUCUCCAUCCCUCUGCUCUUCUCCCCGCUCCGUCGGGACCGCAUCCUGCCCAAACCCACAAAAUGGCGGACAUGAUCGAGCUGGGACCCGCCUACGCCAUGUCUCCGGUCCUGGCGGGCUUCCUCGGAGCUGGUGUUCUGGUUUUGGUUGUGGUGGUUCUGGUUCUGCUCUGGUCUUUCUGUCAGCGUCAUUACCUCCGCAUCUCUGGACGCUACAAGCUGCACGGCGACCGUUACUGCGACGCCGAAGACCCGCCCUACAAGUUCAUCCACAUGUUGAAGGGCAUCAGCAUUUACCCAGAAUCCCUCAGCAGCAGCAAGAGGAUCGUACGCGGCAUCCGGCGCGUGGACCGGUCCGACCGCGACGGAGAGCGAGGCUGCCCCGCCGCCGCAGGGAGGGGCAUGGUGCUGGUGGACGCUGAGAACAACAUCCUGGAUGUGCCGGGCCAGCUGCAGAUGAGUCACCUGGUCCCCCCUGCGGGGUCGGGCCCCGCCCACGGCCAGGCCCGGCUGGAGCGGGCGCUGCCGGUCCGCGCCGACUACUGCUGCUUGGACAGCAGCUCGGCCAGCAGCAGCCAGACCAGUAGCAAGACGGCGUCCCCCUUUACCCCUGCCUCCUCCGACCCGGAGCCCGAGCCCAGCCUGGGGGCCAUCAGCCUCACCGUUGACUACAACUUCCCCAAGAAGGCCCUGGUGGUGACCAUAGUUGGGGCCCGGGGCCUCCCCGCCAUGGAUGAGCAGGCCGGUAGCUCGGACCCGUACGUGAAGAUGACCAUCCUGCCGGAGAAGAAGCACCGCGUCAAGACCCGUGUGCUGAGGAAGACCCUGGACCCGCUCUUCGACGAAACCUUCACCUUCUACGGCGUGGCCUACAGCUCGCUGCCCGAGCUCACCCUGCACUUCCUGGUCCUCAGCUUUGACCGCUUCGCCCGUGAUGAUGUCAUCGGGGAGGCCGUGGUGCCACUGAAGGGCGUGGACCCGAGCACGGGUCGAGUCCACCUGAGCCAGCAGAUCGCCAAGAGGAACAUGCAGUGUGAGAGUCGUGGAGAGCUGCUGGCGUCUCUGUCCUACCAGCCGGUGUCUCAUCGUCUCAGCGUGGUCGUCCUGAAGGCUCGACACCUCCCCAAGAUGGACAUCACCGGCCUGUCGGCAAACCCCUACGUGAAGGUAAACAUCUUCUACGGCCGCAAGCGCAUCGCCAAGAAGAAGACUCACGUGAAGAAGUGCACGCUGAACCCGGUCUUCAACGAGUCCUUCAUCUACGACAUCCCGCCUGAGCUGCUGUCCGAGAUCUCUGUGGAGUUCCUGGUGGUCGACUUCGACCGGACCACCAAGAAUGAGGUGCUGGGCCGCCUGCUGCUCGGCCUGCACAGCCCCGCCCCCUCUGGAGCCUCCCACUGGAGGGAGGUUUGUGAAAACCCCCGCCGGCAGAUCUCCAAAUGGCACAACCUGAGCGAGUACUGAGGAGGACCGCCAGAAACCAGCUGACACCAACGACCGGCUGGGACUCCACCAGUGAACACUGGGAAAUGAGACUCAAUGUACAGCACACACACACACAGACACACACACACACACACACAGAGACACACACACACACAGACACACACACACACACACACACACACAGACACACACACAGACA